AUGGAUUUUGCCCAACCACCCCCAAAUAUAGCGAUGCCUCCCCCUAAUUUAGCAGUUCCACCUAUGGUUCCAAUGCAGCAAGGUUACGGUAAUAGACCGGCGUUUAGGCCCUUUGUGAAUAUACACAAGCCUCUACCAGGUCCCUUAAGUAACAUGACAUUGGAAGAUUUUGAUGGAAAAAGAUUACGAAAGUCAGUCAUGAGAAAAACUGUAGAUUAUAAUUCAUCUAUAAUAAAAGAGUUAGAAAAUAGAGUAUGGCAAAGAGAUUAUAGAGAUAGAAGAGCCCUUCAGCCAGAUGCUAUGUAUUAUCCAGACUUAAUGCCCCCUCCUAGUUAUCCUGAUAAUCCUAUUAAUUGUGUUACCACUAGGUUUGUAAAAACUGCUACAAAUAAAAUGAGGUGUCCAAUUUUCUGUAUGGCCUGGACCCCCGAGGGUAGAAGACUGGUAACUGGCGCUAGUUCAGGAGAAUUCACAUUAUGGAAUGGAUUAACAUUUAAUUUCGAAACUAUCUUACAGGCACAUGACAGUCCAGUCAGGACGAUGGUGUGGAGUCACAACGACAGCUGGAUGAUAACAGGUGACCAUUCUGGUUAUGUUAAAUAUUGGCAGUCCAACAUGAAUAAUGUAAAGAUGUUCCAAGCGCACAAAGAAGCACUUCGAGGCAUAAGCUUCAGCCCUUCGGACAACAAAUUCGUUACGUGUUCAGACGAUGGUACUUUGCGAAUAUGGGACUUUUUCCGGUAUCAAGAGGAGAGCGUACUUCGAGGACAUGGUGCUGACGUGAAAUGCGUUCAUUGGCAUCCUCAGAAAAGUCUUGUUAUAUCUGGAAGCAAAGACAAUCAGCAGCCAUUAAAAUUAUGGGAUCCAAAAAGCGGACAAGCGUUGGCCACUUUGCAUGCCCAUAAAUCAACUGUAAUGGAUCUGAAAUGGAACGAGAACGGCAACUGGUUAAUAACCGCAUCCAGAGAUCAUCUACUUAAAUUGUUCGACUUACGAAAUUUGAGCCAAGAAGUGCAAACGUUCAGAGGACAUAAGAAAGAAGCAUCGAGUGUUGCUUGGCAUCCGAUCCACGAGGGUCUAUUUUGUAGUGGUGGUUCUGAUGGUGCUAUUAUGUUUUGGCAUGUGGGAGCUGAUAAAGAAGUGGGAGCUAUAGAACAGGCACAUGACAGUAUCGUCUGGACCUUAGCGUGGCAUCCUUUAGGUCAUAUUUUAUGUUCGGGCUCCAACGAUCAUACCAGUAAAUUUUGGACAAGAAAUCGACCGGGUGAUCAAAUGAGAGAUAAGUAUAACUUGAAUACACUACCAGCUGGAAUUGCAGGCUUAGAAGACAUUGAUAUGGGAGAAGAACCAAUUUCAAUAAUUCCUGGAAUGGGUCCGGAAGAUAAAGUUGAAAUAACAUCAAUUCUAACGGACGAAAAUCAAGCCAUUCCUGGUUUGGAUUUGGACGGAGUAGUCAACGAAGAGAAAGCUAAACCCAAAAAAGUGCCUUUCAGUAAGCCCAUACCUCGUAAUUUCCAAGCUCAAUGGAAUGAAACAAGUGAUGAUACUACUGGAGCUCUUAAUGAAGUAAUCACACAACUUGUGGUUGAAAAUACUCCAGGAGCGGUUCCAUUGAACAAUAUUGCACCAAAUGCUCUUUAUAUUUAUGAUAAAGUAAUACCAGUAGAACCUGGUUCAAAAUUACAACAAGCGAUAGCCAGUGGUCUAGAUGCUCUCAAUAAACUUAUAGCGUCAGGAGAAGUAGAGGAGUUAUAUGAUGUAAUGCCUAUUAACGACGAUGAUGACGGGGAAGAUCUAAACAAAGCCGACAGCGACAUGCGCGAUAGAAAAGACGUAGAUUUCAGAAACGAUAAAAGUUUCAAAGGAACUCGAGCUUCUGAUUCCAACGAUUUCGACACGAGACGGUCACUCGGCGAUGAAGAUUUAAGGUUUAGAGACCGCGACGAAGACUUUAGGUUUCGAAAGGAGGAUGACGAUUUUCGAAAAGGGUCCAUGCAUGAGGAGAAAUAUAGACGCGAUGGUGAUUACAGACGUGACGACAAUUACAGACGGAAUGACUACAGGCGCGAGGACGACCAUAGACGUAAAGACGAUUAUAGGCGCGAUGAUGAUUACUUUGAAGAUAGUCCAGGAAAAUCAGGGAACUGGUCAAGAAACGGUAAAUUUGGAAACAGUUUCAGAGGUAAUAGAUCCGACAAACCUCCUUAUAAUUCUAGCUUUAGUGGAAAAGAUUUUCGAAAGUUUGGGCCCACAGAUAACCCAGAUUGGGACGAUACAGACCCUUUCGAUGACAGAAGCCAGGAAAAAUGGGAUAAUCGUAGCGAUGAUGACUGGAACGAAGAUUGGGAUCUCGAUGACGAUGAUUUGGAUAUCGAAGACUUAAUUGACGAUGAAGAUACUUGGUUGGAUAGUCCGAGAUUUAGCAGAGGCAGAGGUCGUAGGGAUGACAGAGGAAGAGGUAGAGGAGGAAGAGCACGAGGUGGGCGAGGUAGAGGUGGUUUCAGCAGGGGAAGAGGUGAUCGCGGAGGACGAAGAGGCAGCAGAGGAGGCGGAAGAAGAAGUGGAAACCGGGGAAGAUAUUCUUAGUAAAUUAGAUUAUAGUGUUCGUACAACUGAAUGUAUAUAUCUUACUUUUCGCCUUGAGUUUUUUUGUUUUUAAAUGAAAUUCGAACAUUUUUUAAAAACUUGAUAUAAUUACGUCAAGUUUGAGGGUUAUUUAAUGAUUUUUAUUUAGUUUACUUUUAAAAACCUUGCUCUGAAGUACUUAAACAUUUAUGAGAUUCAUAUGAAAAGGAUAAAACUUAGUUUCAUAGGUAGCAAUUGAUAAUCUUCAUAGUGGCACUGAAUUUUAUUAAACAAGUAGAGUAUUUCGAUAUAUAAAAAAUGCACUGUGGAAAUAAUUUACAGCUCGAUUAUUGGACCUUUAAGUUUCAUAGAUAUUUUUCAAUAACACAUCCCUACAGUUCUCCCCCGACUAAGAUCAUCAUUUACUGCAUGUAUUUCCAUUUAUUUCCAAUUUGGUCUCUACUGUGAUUUUUAGGAGAUGUAGGUUUUUGCGUCCUGUGUUUUGUAAUAGUAGAUAUGUAUUGGAGCUUUUAGGCCGUGAUUUGAAUCUUGUUUAUUUUUCCAAUUCAUCUGCAACUGCGGCAUAUACUAUCGUAAAGGCGAAGUGGAAGCGGUAGACACAGCUCCUGUCGUUCCCGUUACUCAUUAUUGAGCUUCAAGCAGUUUAAUUAAACCCAGCCUGAAGGACUUAUUCGCCCCUUGAAAUGACGUUCGUGUCUAACAAUUCAUUGGAGCGAGGUGUAUUAAUUCGAGUUUAAACAGGAAUCACUCCACCGCGCUCCAAUGCUCCAAACUUUCCUUUUCCCCUGUAGCACUCUGAUGCGCGGUAGAUGCACAACUAUCAGUCAAAUACUCCUCAUGUGGGAGUCCGGGGUAAUAGAACUCCAACAUGGUUCCCUAACCGAAUUAAAUGCAAGAUAUCGUUAGGAGCUUUGUUCCCGAUAUCCUCUUGUAACUUAUCCGCGAAUCUGAAAUUGCUAACUCGGGCUUCAAGUCUCCGCUCUGGACCACGUCGAGUUCGGAGACUUGGUGCUCGAGGGUUUGCGCCUUACAUACCCGAGUUUUUCGGUUUUUGUUAAUUUUUUUUGUUGGCUUGCGACGGUUUUUGUUUUAUUUUUAUAUAUUUUUUGUGGGUGAAGCUGUUUCGAUGUUUUUUGUAUAUAUUUUUUUGUAGUAUGUCAUAAAAAAAAGUCUUAUUAAUGCGCCUACACAGUGGUUGUGAUUGUCUACAUUGAUAGAGCUGCGUGCUAUCCUUCUCUGGUUUUUCCUUUUCUCUGGGCUAUAUAUUUAUUUUAAUCAACUAUUUGUUGCUUUGGACGCUUGUGCUUCCAUCGAUGGAAUGCAUCAUAUCUCAUUUUUGUAGUAUGGGACUUUGCACGGGACGGGUGGUUCUCCAGCUCUGCAAAUUUUAUUUUUGCCCUUUCUGUCAUCAUAUCGGCCACCUUGACUUGUUGCAGUUCUCUAAAUAGAAAAUGUUCAGCGAAGUAUCUCGUAUGUGAGUAUCGGUAAUAUGAUUCUAUUUAUUAAGCUCAUCUUUGUUUUCGUUAUUAGUUUGCUUCUUUUACCUGCGAAUCCUCUUAUUGGCGCCUUUGUCAUCUUAGCUUUUUGUAUUGUGGCAUCUACGUAUUGUUUGAAGAUUAGUCCUUUGCCCAUUAUUACUCCCAGGUAUUUAGCUUCGCUUUUUCAUUCCAUAGGAUUAUUUUGCACUGUCAAUUGUUCGUCUGGCUGUUGAUAUAUCUUUUUUGAAGGGCAUUAUAUUGCUGUUUAAUGUUUUCUAACGCUGUUUGCAGGUUGUUUGACCGCUAUCGCCGUGUCGUCAACAUAAAGGCUGACUAGAGUUCCAGGUGAUCUUAGAAUUUCGGCGGUGUAUAUUGUAUAUAGUAGUGGUGACAGGACUGCUCCCUGUGGUACUCCAGCCUCCGGGUUUCCGAGUUAAGACAAGACUUGUCGUAUUCUAACUCUGAAGCUCCUAUUGCCCAAGUAUGAAGAAAUCAGCCUCGUCAUUGUCCCGCUGUAUCCAUAGACUCUCAUUUUGUAAAUUAGUCCUUCAUGCCAGACUCUAUCGAAGACUUUGUUUACUUCCAGAAAGUUUACUAUGUAGUCCGUUAGUCUAAGUAUUUCUAUCUAGCUGAAAUGUUCCGAUCGGAAUCCAAACUGUUCUUCUGGAAUUAUCCCUAACCUGUCUGUUUCUGCUUGGAGGAUGACUCUUUCCACAAUCUUACUGAUUGCUGGAAGUAAGCUUAUCGGCCUGUAGUUUUGCGGGAAUUUGCUGUCUUUUCUUGGUUUUGGAAUCAUGUUCCAUGAUCCUUCCAUCGAUUUGGGAAGAGUCCAUAUCUUAGAAUCGCAUUUACUAUGUUAGUUAGAAAUACUCGCUUACUUACUUGCCGGUAAGUAUUUCAGGUAUUUCACCUAUUUGUUAUUUGAUCUAGUCUUGGCGAAUUGUUUUUAAUUAUUUUUAUCUCCUCCGGUGAUGUUUGAGGGAUGAUCUCGUUUGAUUCCUCAGACCUUUUUUGUUGUUCUUCCACUCUUAUAUAAAGUCUAUAUCUUUAUCUGGGUGAUAAUUUAUUGUGCACUCUCUCUAGAGGGUCAUCCUCAUCAUCUCGGUUUUUUCUUCAAUGGAGUAGAUAAUUCCAUUCUCUCCGUGUAUUGGGGAUUAGUUUUGUCAUUUCUUAAUAUUUUUGUAGCUUCCAAAUAUUUUGCAUAUUUGGACCUUCUUCCUCCAUAUCUUGGACAUGGUUGUCCCAGUGGUUACGGUGUUCUUGUAGUGCCGUUUUGACUUCUCUAUGUAGUUGGCUUGCUCUGUUUUUGUCCACCUGGUUUCUUGUCCUUCUGGCUCUUUGUUUGGCUCUGUUCUUUUCCCUUAUCUCGUCCUUUAUGGUCUGGUUUAUGUCCCUAAACCUUCCCAUAUGUAUUUCUGUUUCCUCUUUUGUAGUGCUGUUUCUGAGUGCUCCCUGUAUGAUGUUCUCCAACGCUAGGACUCUUUCCUCUAUUUCUUGUGGGUUGUUUAUGACCGGGACAUUGUGUAUUCCAGUGCUCACAAGUCUUUUGUAGUUGGUCCACUUUGUUUUCUUUCUUGUCCCUAUUUCAGUGGUACUUUCCUCCGAUGUUCCUAACUCCAGUAGAAUGGGGUUGUGGUCUGCUGUUCCUCAUUUAGUGUUUAAUUUCUUUUUGUAGUCCUAGGUUGCUAGCAACUAUUAUAUCGAUACGGGUGGGAAGUCCAUUUCCUGGGAAGUGUGUUGGUUCGAUGGGUCCCAUUGCCAUGAUGUUGUCGUUGUUAUCAAUGUAAUUGUUUAGUAGUCUUCCGUUUCUCUUCGUUAGCUCUAUCAUUCCAAAUUGUUGAGGAUCUUGCAUUUAAGUCUUUAUUCGAAUGGUUCGGCUAUACUUAGGAACGCGUUGAGGUCGUCAUCCUGAUUUCUCCUUGCCUCAUUUGCACUGUGAUUGUUGUUGUUUUCAUAGUAGUUAGUUGCGAGGUUAGGAUUCUAGUAUGGAUUAUACCUUUUCUUACUAGGAUAGCUGUGCCUCCUGAUCUUCAUGUGUUGUUCCUGUAGAUAUUUAUCAGUUCGUCCAAAAUAUUUUGGUUGGUUCUUAUGCCGCCUGGUUAAUGAGCUUUCUCGAGUAUCUGCACUAUUUUUAGCCGUUGGUUAGGUACUUUCGGAAUUUGUCGGUUGGUGCAAUCUAUAUUAGAAUUUGUUGCGCGUUUGCAGAGCGGUUCUGUAUUUCGCAGUGUUGAGAAUCAUAUCCUGUUUAGGUGAAGACUAAGUCUUUAAGAUUAAAAUUAAUCUGAUGUUUUUAAAUUUCUAUUUACUCUCUGAACACCCGUAGAUAGUAGUGUCAUGUUGUACAAAGUGCAUGUGGUUCUUGUAAUAAAAUUUGGUGCGAUUUGGUGUUCUACAGAAUAUACCGUAACACAAAACAACACUACAGGUGUUUAUUACAAUACUAUCUACGAAUGUUCAUCGAAAUUUAAAAACACAUCCGAAAAUAUUUAUUGUCAUUUGACUGCCUUCUUUAUAGCAUAGUUCUUGUUUCAGGAAAAACAAACUAGUUUUCCUGAAAUAACUUUAUUUUUGUCAGUUUUUGUUGUAUGCCGUAUUUCUUAGUACAUAUAAGGAUCUUUAGUACGCCUGAGAAUGCCUAGUUUGAGUUUUGGUAACUUCUUAUAUUUGUUAGGAGUGAUCUACGUGUCUUGCAUAUUUGUAUACCAUAAUUUAUAGAAAGGGAGAUACCAUAAUUCUAGCGUGAAUUUGAUUUUAUUGUGGAUUCAGUAUAAGUGUUUCUGAAAUUUUAUAAUUUUACAUACGUGGAGACAUAUUCUACAUAAUCCGUCAGGUAGAGUUCGCCCACUAACGGAGAUAUAAUUGCUUUAUAACUCAUUAAAUGUUUGAGUCAGUUACAUCAGAAACUAAAAUUCGCCUAUAUUGUGAUAAAGUUUAUUAACAUUUCCACUUAUAAGUUCAAUUAUUUUUUCUUUUUAGUCAUUAUCAACUGAAAUAUUACUUAUAAACUAAAUUUUUUUAGUACUGAUUGUAUUUUGUUUUCAUAAAUAUAAUUUAAAU